AUGGGUGGACGUUUUGAAAAGGUUUUGGGUGUAAUUCUUUGUCUGGCCUCGUUAACUUUGCGAGGACAUGAUGAAAAAGUAGGUGAAGGGCUUGCACAAGGAGGGAAUUUCCUGAGUGUGGUGACACUGUUGAGCGAAUUUGACACUAUUACUAAUGAUGCCAUUUCCUUACCUAAGUAUGCAACUCGAUACAUGAGCCCCAAAAUCCAGAAUGGACUGAUUCUAACAACAUCUCAGCUUCUGCGAAAGUCUUUGGUCACUGAGAUAAAUGAAUGUCCAUUUUGGUCAAUUGUACUGGAUACCACAAGUGACAUAAACAGAGUAGAUCAGCUCAGUGUCACUGCUCGGUGGGUUAAAGUACAAAACGAGAAUGUUACUAUUAAGGAAACUUUCCUCGGUUUUAUAUCUGUAACUGACGGGACCGCGGCAGGCCUCGUAGAAACAACAUGCAAAUAUGUCGAAGAUAUUGGACUUGACAUGGAAAAGCUCCGUGGUCAAGCUUACGACGGGGCGAGUGUCAUGAGUGGUGUUCACAAUGGCGUACAAAAGCUGAUAAAAGAUCGUUCAUCAAAGCCUGUGCCAUUCAUUCAUUGCGCAGCACACAAUCUAAACCUUGUUAUAAAUGAUGCCGUAAAUUCCGUUGUUGAUAACGAUAACUUUUUCUUAUUCAAUCCAUUUACGUAUUUUACUCAUCGUCCAUAA